AUGUCGAACAAUAGUAUUCAAGGCAACCCUGGCCAGGUGCCCGUUCUGACUACCUUUGUCCCAAGCGUUACCCAAGACACCCCAUUCAGGGUUUCGGUCCAUAGCUGGGAGCGGCCGCGCCCUACCCGGAUCCUGGAAAGCGUGAUGCAGCCGGAUGAUGCAGUCAUGUAUGAGAUGCGGGUCUUCAUCGAUGGGUAUUGCGUUUCAAGAGGGAGCCUUUUUAACCAACGCGCGCACUGGCCCCACGUCAUAGACCUGAGUUCUCAAUUAGAUAAAAAUGGAGACCAGGACACCUUGCGGUUCCCCCCGUUUCACGAAGAGAUACUCCGCCAUACACAUUGGGAUGCUGGUGAAAUGUAUGGUCGGAUUAGGGUUGUCAUCGCUGAGGGACUUGCUAGACCUAAUCGCUCCCCUCCCUUUGAGAGGGUGAGGGAUAUUGUCAUUUUUUCCUUUCAGCAUGCUCCGUUGAAUAUCCUGGAGCAUUCUAACAUCGCUUGGCCUAACGCUGGGAUGUGGCUCCAAGGCCCCCGCCCGCUGCUGCAAUACAGUUUUGGGUAUGAGAAAGCGCUUUCGAAGAACGAUGAUGCGCAUUCGCAUUCUCCUAGUCGCCCCGAGGCUCGAUUCAACCUCGGGAACAUCGGCCCUGGUCCAGGUUUGCUACCAUAUCGCAUUCAACCGACAGCAUCGACGCAGUGGCAAAACAAUCCUUGGUCGGAAGGUGACCCUGCAUGGUUGGUUUCGCAACCUCCAGUCAUGGAUCCAUUUGUCGACCCUUAUAGGAACCUUAAGCAGCAUCGCUCAACUUUGGAUGAUGUCUCAAUGCCAGAUUACCCGAACUCAAGUACGAACAGCAGUCGAGCCAUAUCAACGAACAUGAGUUUUGGCAAGAGUAAUCAAGAGCCUACCGCGCCGGCUUCCAUUGAUGACGAACAGUACAAUCAGCUUAUCGAAGCUUUGAGCCCAAAGAGGGCAGGUAAUGGUACGUGCGCUCCGGCAAACACCCCAGCUUCGACUACAGCGAAGAAGACAAGGCUCUCCGAAGCUGCAGAAGCUCGAAUCAAAGCUGCACGCCCUGGGCCGCUCAAAGAAGUUUCGCAACCAGGCUCCAGGCUCCCUUCCGGUUCCAGCAUUGUAUGCGAACCUUCUCCCGGAAGAGUUGCAACCAUGCUUCUUAGCCCGAGUCCUAAUUCAAUCGGCAAAGAUAAGAGUGUGUCUCCAGUGCCUAGCGGUGCCAGCUCCAUUUCUUCCGGAACUCAUUUGAAGCCAACACUCCCUGUGGGUGUUUCAAGUGACGGUAAGAGGAAAAGGUCACCGAAGACGGACAGAAAAAGCAUUGAUUCCCUGCAUUCGGCAUCACCUACUCCUUUAAAAAAAGCGACAUAUACUAAGGAGCAGGAAGGACCACAGAAAGAAAAUUCUACAGAUAUCCUAGGCACACAGGAAUCUGGAGCCUCUGUCUCUGAUGUUGAAUAA